AUAUAAGAAAGCUAUAUAUUUCAUAUAUUUUCAAUAAAAAUAAAAUAUUUCCAACUGGGUCGGAUAUAGCGAACAUGCAUUUUGUAUAUAAAAUAGUGGCUCCAAAACGUCAAAUUACAGACAAAACAAAAAAGGAAAGCAGUGCAGUGCUGACUGCUUUUUUUUUUUAAUUUUGUAAUCUUAGUUUUACAAGUGAUUGAAUACAUUAUGAGUGGUAGACUAUUACCAGCAGGUAUUGAGUUUGACGAGGAUGAGGACAUAUUUUUCUCUAAAACUGCCUGUACUGAUCUAUCAGUAAAUGUGAUACCUGACAUUACUUGUGGGGCAACAUUAAGUGGAAAUGACUUUGACUGCAGUCUGGAACCUAAGAUGAUAACGUGUAUAAACAAUCUUCAGAAAAUUUACAAUACCUAUAAACGUGCGCCAGCUUUACGAGAUACCAUACAUAAAGCACUAGAGAAUGAUCCGGAACCGUUGGUAUUAGCACUUAAACUUUUUGCAAAUGUUCCUGGUUGUAAUAAUUUAAAGAAUAAAAGUCUGGCUUCACUUUUGCUUUUUAUAACUGCGGACUUUGUUAAAUCGAACCCUGGCAAAUAUGACUGUGAUGACGAAGUUCGUAUGGUGGCAUUUAACUUUAUUAAAAUGUGUGGUGACUUGCAUUUAUGCAAACAAAUAACAGAAGUUUACGAUUUGCAUAAAAUAUCAGAAACGAUCUCAUCUGUACUCAGAGACAUGGCCUCGAAGGAUAUGUACAAAGAAGCUUUAUACUGGGCAUCAAGUUUAGAUAUAAUGGAUAAAUUUGAAACGGAGGAACUCCUUUUUCCCCUUAUUUUACAAGAGAAGACUACCGUUGUGGAGACUUGCAUUGCUGACAAAGAAGCUGAACAAGUUAGGCUUGUUAAGUUCUUAGAUACAUUAAUUGAUAAGAAAAAAAGUGUUGUAGAAUACUGCGAACCUAUAUUUUGCAAAUAUAACAUAACAGUGAUUCGAAGUGCUUAUAUGAACAUACGUACAAUGUCAAAAUUGGUAUCCAGAUUAUCGAAGAAGUACAACAUAAGUAGCGAGCAUAUACCUAAUUUUAUUUUUGGACACGAAUGUAGUAGCUUACGCUAUUACUAUCAUGAGUUUAAAGACGGUAAAAUAAGUGUAGAAGCAUUUCGUGAACAACUCAUGAUCACUUCAAAUGUCGAAGUACAUAAAAAUUUAUUAUACCAUAUCUGUGAUUACGAUGUAGAGGAGGCAGUUCAUUGGGCACGUGUUAUCAAUUUACCACCUGAUGAUUGUCCCGAAUUAGUACAACAAACAUUAUUAAAUCACCAAACCACAGAAAGUACAAAUAGUCAAUAUGUCUAUAAUUCGAAUUUAAAUGAUAAAAUACCUAAAGAGGGUUAUAUGACUCUCGAUACGAAUGCCGUUAAAAUAUUACACGUUGAAUGUAAUCAAGAAAUGUUGGACAUGAUAAAUCAUCUAGAAACUCAACAAAUAAUAAGUUUCGAUUCCGAGUGGAGAUCAACUGUUUGUGUUGACGCAAGUGUUUCUCUAUUGCAAGUGGCCACGUACGACAAUGUAUACAUUAUAGAUUGUGAUUCAAAUAAUAUAGCCGCUGAUUUAUGGACAGCUUUCUGGCAGAAAAUUUUUAACAAUACUGAAAUUCUUAAAUUAGGAUUUUCUAUUGCUCAUGAUCUGCAUAUGCUCACAAAAUCGCUUAAAUUAAAAACUCUUAUGCAAUACAAUUCAUCUUAUUUGGACAUACAGACUUAUUAUUCAAAGUUGAAAUGGAGAUCUAUAAAAUUUCCGUACGACUACAGCGAUGUUAGUGGCGAAAGCUUGAGCUCAAUAGUACAACUUUGUUUUGGCAAACAUUUAAAUAAAAGUGAACAGCGUUCAAACUGGGCUAUUCGGCCUCUGCGACCUGAGCAAGUUAUGUAUGCAGCAUUGGAUGCCUACUGUUUACUUCAAAUCUACAAUGUUUUCAAUGAACUCUUGACGAAGGUUGGCAUUAAUUCGGAAGACGUUGUCAAUAACAUUUUGAUGAAUCAUGAGCAUUCCAAGAAAAAACGUCGCAAUAAAACUCCAAAAAAACAGAAAAAAGAAGAACACGAGACGGUUAGGUAGGAUCAGGAUCGUAUACUAUUGCUGAAUUUGAAUAGAUUGUGUUUGCAGAAGUAUAUCCUAGUAUAUUGUUUUUGAUAAAAUUUUUGUAUACAAUUAUUAGAAAUAAAUGACUUGUUGGUCAUUAACAAUG